AUUUCCAUAUUUCGCACAGUCUGAAUCCGGCACCAUGGAUACUAAGAUCUGGUUUUUACUUACGCUUGUGGCUAUAGUUCGAUCAAAAGAUCUAUCCGAAGGUUCCGAAAGUUUUGGAACUAAUAGUCAGAAAAUAUUUGAUGAAAAUAAAAAAGCGAAUCCAGCGAUAUGGCGUCAAGUGGACAAUAUUACUAUAACUGGAGACGAAGGGAUGAAAAUCAAUAAAAUCCUGGUGACUGAUUUAAGAGAAGAAAAAGAUGGAGAAGCGAAAAUACUUGAAGGAGGUAUCGACCACCAAAAUGUGACUAUAGAACUUAAAAGCCCUACAGCAUUGAGAGGAUAUGACUUCCAUAUUGAAGUGUAUGCAAAUUCUGACAACACCAAGGCAUCAAGUCACGACGCAUCCAAACAAGAAACAAAUGCAAAACCCUCUGAUGAAAAGAAACCCCUCAAGGCAGUUCCAAGUGUACCUGUAACUUUAACGAGAGAUGAACCAACUUCUGAACAACCUCAGGAAGGAGGUAAAAGACAAAACCGUGAUGUAGAAGACAAAGAUAAAACUAAUAAGCAACUCAACCCACAUUCUACUAGUGCAACCACAGUGCCUGAAUUGAAAUCAACAAGCAUCCCAGCAACGAAUAAAGACAAAAGAGAAGAUAAAUUACCCGAACACGGUAACACAAAUCAACCUAUACACUUACAAGAAGCACCCAAAAUGCCUGAAUCAACCGCAAGAAGUAUUCCAACGACGGAAUUGAAAAUAGCCGAAGAAAAACACAACCAUCAUGAAAUCCAUGAUAAUUUUGAGAAUAAAAAACAAACGAAUUUCGAAUCGAACGAUAAACAUGCCGAUGUUAAAUAUUCUCAAUUUAACGUACGUGAAGUGACACCCAAUGUACCUAUUAACGUGCAAUCCCCUGCUGAAGAAGGUCAUAAGAGACAUGUUCGUGACAUUAACCAAAAUUCCCCGGUAGUAAAAACUAAAGAGCAACCAUUGCCUCCUGCUACAUUAGGAAACCAAGGUUCUACUACAACUAAAGUUGCAAAUGACGAAACAAAUCAACCAGAAAAUAGUCAAUCAGCUCCGACAGAUAAUAAACAAAUUAAAGAGCAAGUCAACGUCGCUAAAGAAGAAAAAGUACACGAACGCCAUAACCACAAUAAUAGAUUCAAUGGACGUUAUGUUCCCGAUAGAUUUGCUCGCAACCGUAACUCCGAUUCAAAACGAGACACUUCUACAGAAAUCAACAAAAUCUCAACAACAAUUACAUCGCAAUCUAGUACACCAAUUAUUCCCAGAUUAAUUGUAAACGUGCCUACUACAAACAAGCCUGAAAGUAGCACCGGUAAGCAAAUUAAUAGUGACAUUAAUACAGAAUUACAUACUAACAAGAGAAGCACAUCUGAAGAAAUCACAGCACACAAAAGGCAUACACGUGAUACAAUUGACAAAAAUAAUAAAGAACAACCCAAUUUAUCAACUGGCAACUUAAAAUACUCUCCAAUUUCAACGACAUUGAAACCUGAAAUAAAUAGAAAAAGUGAAUUAAACAUUAAUACAAGCAAAGUUAGCUCGUAUGGCAUAAAAGUGCCAAUUGAAGCUACUGAAAAAGAUAACGAAAAUAAACAAGAUAUUCCGAAAACAGACAAUUUAGAGAACAAAGAAAAGCAAAGAAAUAUUAGAGGUACUGAAGACAAGGAAGAAAAAGACAAUAAAUUGACUACUUCAACUACAAAACCCGGAAAUACAGAAAACCAUAAAAACGCACCAUCUACUGAGAAAACACAUAUCCAAUUACCCAUUCAAUUUAAAACUACAAGUCAAGAUAAACACCCUAAUGAUGCUAAAAAAGAAAGAAUCACUCGUGACGUCAUAGGUACUCAAAAUACUUGUCAUCAAUCAAAUGACAAAAAAUUAUGUGCCCCUGGUAUGAAUACCGAAAACGGAAGGAAAUCAGACGAAAAAGUUACUGAAGAAAAAGAACUAAAAGGAACAACAGUUGUAGUUGCCAGUAAUAAAAAUGCUAAAAGUGAAAUAACCCCAAAAAUCGGAGAAAACGUCACACAAAAAAAUGACUUAAGUACCACAGUGAAACCUUCAAUUCAUCGGGAAAACGAAAAAGAAAAGCCAGAAAAAUCUUUAGUACCACCUCAAUAAGUAUUUUUUUAAACUCUUCAUUGUAGCAAUUGUUUGCUGUUUGCACUUCGUUUAUUAAUAUUAAUAAUUUAAAUGU